UCGCACAAUCUACUCUAGUACUUUUAUUCAACACACAGAAUUUUUCUAAGUUCCAUUUUGUGUGGCGACGCGAGACUUUGAAAAUUUUUCAUAGCACUUUUGCCUUUGCUGUGUGGCUCGUUGCUUUUACAUUUCAUCUCGUGUUAAGUGGCUGAAAUAAGUAUUUUUUAGCUGCUAAUCGAAGCAGAGAAGUGUGUGCGUGGAAUCUUCCGAAUUUUCGUGUGAAUUUUCGUAGUCGAGACUGUAAAAAUGAGCGUGGAUGUGGCACCCGAAAAUGACAUCAAGACUCAGAAUGGGUCAUCCGAAUUGGUGCAAGUGAAUGGUGUCAGUAAUGGUCAUCACAGUGGUAGCAGCAGUAGUAAACAUAAAUCCUCUAGUAAGGAUAAACAUCGUGAUCGCGAUCGUGAUCAUAAAAGUUCAAGCUCAAGUUCAAAGGAUCACAAGAGCAGUAGUCGCGACAAAGAUAAACACCAUAGUAGUUCGUCGUCCAGUAGUAAGGAUAAAUAUAGGGAUAAAGAACGCGAUGGCAAACAUAGCUCCAGUUCAAGUUCGAGCCAUCGUGAUAAGGACCGUGAUAAGGACAAAGAUAAACACAAAUCAUCAUCAUCUAGCUCUAGCCAUCAUAAAAGCUCGUCAAAAGAUAAGGAACGUAAAGAUAAAGAUCGUGAACGCAAAGAAAGCAGUAGCUCCUCUUCGAGCAAAGAUAAAGAAAAGGAACGAGAUCGCCACCACAAAUCGUCUUCAUCCUCUAGCUCUCGUGAUAAGGAUCGCCAUCGGAGUUCGUCGUCAUCUUCGAAACACAAACAUUCCAGCUCUAGUUCUUCAAAGUCUUCAUCCGGUGACAAAUCAAAAUUAAUAGACGGAGAAUUCAUUAAACCAGAGCCCAUCUCACAACCUUUAAUCGAUUCACAGUCAAAUGGUUAUAAUACUGAUUUUGUAGCACUUCGACCCGAACCAGUUGGUAAUGAUUAUAUGGAUGAAUCAAAUACCGGUUUCGACAAUAGUCAAAAUGGCAAAGACGGUUACGAAGAAAAACCAGACAUUAAGAUGGAAGAACAAAACAUUAAUAUUUCACAGGCUAGCUCAUGUGAUUAUUCGAUGUCACAAUUUAAAGAGGAUGAGCCCUCAUUUGUCGUAAAAGAGGAGGCCAGUGCUGACGAAGAUAGUAUGUUCAAACAGGAGCCGGAAAAUCAAGAGUAUGAGGACGACGAAGAAGAUGUCCCAUUGGCUAUGCGUAAGACAAACGUUAAAACUAUUACUCCAAUUGCUGAGGAGGAGGACGAUGAGGAGGAUAUACCACUAGCUAAACGCAAAAUAAAAGCAGAAGUGGAGGAAGAUGACGAUGAGGAUGUGCCAUUGUUGGCAAGAAAAAAGGCUAAGAAAGAGUCAUCUUCAGGGAAGACUAAGAAUAAAAAGAAACGUGUCAAGGAAGAGGAAGAAGAAGAGUAUGGAGAAACUAAGCCCAAGAAGAAAAAGGCCAAGAAGACCGAGCAGCAGCCACAAGUUAAACAGGAGACUGCUUCCCCAACAAAACGAAAGAAGAAGGAGGAAGAAGAAGAAGAAGUUUGGAGAUGGUGGGAAGAAGAAAAGCGUGAGGAUGGUGUUAAGUGGAACAGUUUGGAACACAAAGGGCCUGUUUUUGCACCACCGUAUGAACGUGUGCCAAAGCAUGUACGUUUCUAUUACGACGGCAAACCGAUGGAUUUGUCUUCAGAGACUGAGGAGGCAGCAACGUUCUAUGCAAAAAUGUUAAACCACGAUUAUUGCACAAAACAAAUCUUUAAUGAUAAUUUCUUCAAAGAUUUUCGAAAGAGUAUGACAUCGAAAGAACGUGAAAUUAUCAAAGACUUCAACAAGUGCAAUUUUGAAGAAAUGUUUAGAUAUUUCACUGCAGAAUCCGAAAAACGCAAGAGUGCAACAAAAGAGGAGAAACUAGCUAAAAAGAUGGAAAAUGAGGCAUUAAUUAAGGAGUAUGGAAUUUGCUUAAUUGAUGGCCACAAGGAAAAAAUAGGUAAUUUCCGAUUAGAACCUCCAGGACUAUUUCGCGGUCGUGGAGAACAUCCGAAAAUGGGUAUGAUUAAACGUCGCAUUCAAGCGGAAGAUGUGUCUAUUAAUUGUGGCAAAGAUUCGAAAAUUCCAUCGCCACCACCGGGCCACCGAUGGAAGGAGGUACGCCAUGAUAACACAGUAACAUGGUUGGCCUCUUGGACGGAGAAUGUGCAAGGCCAAGUCAAAUAUAUUAUGUUGAAUCCCUCGUCUAAAUUAAAGGGUGAAAAGGAUCACGUAAAAUAUGAAACUGCUCGACGUUUAGCUAAAUCUAUAGACAAAAUACGUGCCACAUAUCGUGAUGAAUGGAAAUCAAAAGAGAUGCGUGUCCGACAACGCGCUGUCGCUUUGUAUUUCAUUGAUAAAUUGGCUCUAAGAGCUGGUAAUGAAAAAGACGAGGAUCAAGCUGAUACCGUAGGUUGUUGUUCGCUUCGCGUUGAACACGUUAAAUUAGAAAAACAAUUAAACGGUAAAGAGAAUGUUGUUGUAUUUGACUUCCUGGGUAAAGAUUCAAUUCGCUACUACAACGAAGUUGAGGUUGAAAAACGAGUAUUCAAAAAUCUAGAACUAUUUUUGGAGAAUAAAAAGGAAGGAGACGAUCUGUUUGACAGGCUUAACACGCAAGUGCUCAACGAACAUUUAAAGGAGCUUAUGGAAGGACUCACUGCCAAAGUGUUCCGUACCUACAACGCCUCAAUUACAUUACAAAACCAGUUGGAUUUACUCACCGAAGAAAGUAUGUCACCUGCGGAGAAGUUACUUGCCUAUAACCGCGCCAAUCGUGCAGUAGCCAUAUUAUGUAACCAUCAACGUUCAGUACCAAAAGGACAUGAAAAAUCAAUGGAGAACUUGAAGGAGAAGAUACGUCAAAAACGCGAGAUGAUUGAGGAAGCCGAGUCGGACUAUCAUGAUCUUAAAAAAGCUGCGAAGCGUGGAUCGGUAAAAGAACGCAUUAUGGCUGACAAGAAGGCAAAGACGUUGGAAAGAUUAAAAGAGCAGCUAAAGAAAUUAGAAUUACAAGAGACUGAUAGGGAUGAGAACAAGACAAUUGCAUUGGGCACAUCUAAGUUAAACUAUUUAGAUCCACGUAUUACUGUCGCAUGGUGCAAGAAGCAUGGAGUGCCAAUUGAAAAAAUCUUCAAUAAAACUCAAAGAAACAAAUUCAUGUGGGCUAUACAUAUGGCUGAUGAAAAUUAUCGCUUCUAAAUACAUAUUAAUGUAUUGUAUGUCGGCGACAGUGGCGCACGGUAACGAAUUCGGCGCAAGAAAUAUGAUGUUUAAUCGUAGAUAAAUGUUGAAGGUUUAAUGUAGCAUUCUACCCUCCCCGAAUGCUGCAGCACUACUACUACCACCACCCACCACUUAACGCUGUAGAAGAAUGCAUGAUGAAUUUAAGAGAAAAAAAGAAAUAUCAAAAUCGGCGACGUCAUUAAUGCUUAUUUAAACAGCAGACGGAAGAUUGAGAUGGGAGACAUUAAAAUAUGCCUCAAACUAUUUCAUAAUAUAUGUAUGUAUGAAUUAACUACAUACGUAUAUGCAUAUUAUCCAUAGUAUAUAACGUUUAGUAUGUAACAAUCAACGUAUUUCAUUAUUAACAAUGAUAGACACAACAUUACUUGCAAUACAUUUGAAUACAUAAUUAAAUAUGUAUGCCUAGUUAUGUAAGUUGAUAGGAAUAGUUUGCCAUUUUAUGUGCGAAUGGCAACAGACUGUUCUCCUUAAUUAUCAUCAUGAACACACACACCAACAUACAUAUAUACACAUCUACACCCACACAAACAAAAAACAUUAAGUAGAACGUAUUAGCGUACAAACUUUAGAAAUUUUUGAGAGUUACAAUUUUGUUUUUAUUUAUAAAACGCGUAAAAAAAUUAAAAUCACACAAAAAAAAAACGUAAAUUUAAAUGAAAAUCUGCAUAUUUGAAUGGAGGGUCAGCGCAGAGCAUACAGCGGCAAGGCAAUUUUUACUGGAACAGUGCACACUAAUUAAGUUUUAGUAGAAAUUUUGUUUUUAAAGCAUGUAUACAUAAAUACUAGUGUGCUUUCUUUUUUGAUUUUUCUUCAAGGAAGGGCACAUCACUGCAUAUACAUACAUGCGGUAUAUAUAUACUAUAAAAUAUACAUGAUAAACAAACAUUAUUUGAGUUAAAUCAAUUUUUAGCAUAAUUCAUUACAAUUUUAUCUUAUCUAAAUGUAAGAAAAUACACUAUAUAAUAUAAUAAUAAUAAUAAUUUAUAAGUCGUCAGAGCAAGAGAAGAGGGAAACCGCUUCGUUACUCUCAAAUAUGAGGUAAAUGAAACACAAAUUUAUCAAUGUAGCGGGCUAAUUCAGAAUUUUCCCAAAUUAUGUGUAAUAAUUUAGAUUCGAUCUUAAAUGCAAGUAUGCAAUCAUUCGGCGUAUGCAUUGAAAAAAUAAUAAUAAAACUAGACUUUUAAUUAAACAAGCAAAUAAAAUAAGAAACACAUGCAAUUUAGUUUAUCAUUUAUUAUUUCUUUGUUUUUUUUUUUUGUUUUUUAAUUCUAUACAAUAUGAGACACCUUUUAAUUGUAAUUACAAAAAAAAAUAAUUAUUAUAGUAUAUUUAUAUAUACAUACAUAUAUAUGUAUGUACGCGAAUAUAUACGUAUGCACUUUCAACAAGUUAAACGGUUAAAAAGUAACUUUUUUGUACCCACACUUUCCAAUAUUUACAUACCACAAUACAACGUACACACAUGCAUACAUAUAUUCAGUUGUUUUUGUAUUAUUUAAGUUACAAAACAGAAAUAUAUCAAAUAUUGUAAAGUAAAAAACAGAAAAGCAUUUACUUUGAUAAUUUAUGGAUUUACAUAAACGGAACUGGACUGGAUUUGCAUCCGAACGAGUGCUAUCUCCCCAGCACCAGCAGGAUUACCUAAAACUAGAUUAGGGCAUGUUUUUGCUACUACAAAAAUCGUAUAUGUAUUAACAAAAACAAGAACAACAAUGAAUUUUGCUAUUACAAAAACAAUAAUAACAAAACAAUAACAACAGCUGUUAGCCAUUAUUCGUUGUGGAGUGGUAAGAGCGCAAUACGACAUAACGGUGAGUGGUUGCUCGAGAGUUACUUUUAUAUAUACAUAAAUAAUAUGCCCAUACAUAUAUAGGAUUAUUUUUAAUUAUCUUAAUAUUAUUUAUAAUUCGUUUGUAAAAAAAAAUUAAAUAUAUCUUCGUUUGUCGAAUUUUGCUUUUUAUCUGUUGAUUUAAAACAAUUGCUUACAUUACAUUACAAUACUAAAAAGUUAAUAUUCCUCGCACACAAUUUUACAUUUGUAAACAAACCAUUUACUUCAAUUCAGAAGCUUUCAAUCAUCAAUCAAACAAUAUAACAAGAAAAUACUUAAGCCAAAACAAAAAAAAAAAGAAAUUUCGGUUUAAUUGGCGUACCAUGCAAAUACAUUGAGAACAGCUGAAAAGUCAGUGAUAUCACCUAGCAAAAAAAAAAACAUUUUUUUAUAUUAUACCAGCAGAUAUAAAUAAUAAAUAUGAAAAAAAUCAAACCAAAUUAAACAUAAACUAAGCUGGACACAUACAUACAUACUAGUUUAUAAAGCAAGUAUUUUAUAGAACAAACUAUAUAAAAAAAAAAAAUAUUUAAGAAAACAUUAACUCUAGUUUAUUGCAACAAAGUUUGGAAUCAAUAAAAAUAAUAUGAAAAUAGAAGUAGUAUAAUAAUUGAACUACAAACACACUCGAAGAGCAAAAUCAAUUAAACAUGCCUGAAUUAAUUAUUUUAUGAAGCAAAAGCACUCAACUUUGGCAUAAAAUAAAUUAAUAUAUCGUGGUACACAUACAAAUAAACAGAUCAUACGCAUAUCUGUUAAGGUAUCAACUCAACUUUUGAUUAAACUAAUCAACAGCAAGUGGCAGUUAAUAUGGAAAUACAAAUAAAAAAACGAUAAUUUAUACAUAUGUAUGUGAUAAAUAAGUACGUAUGUAUGUAUGUUGCAAAAUGACUAAAUAACUAAAAUAAUUUGCAACAAAAGCACAUUUAGUUGCACAUACACAAUUACGUAUGUAUGUAUUGUAUUUCAAAGGAUAAAUAAAAUUUAGAAAAUACA